AGAAAUGUAGAGAGGGCUUUAACCUCCCAACAACCAAAAACAGUGCCACGUGAUUUGUGGCAAGGGUGGAGAGAGGAUUGAAGUCGCAUUCAUUUCAUCGAACAGAUCGAAAGGAUCAAAACCCUCGUUAUUGAUUGAUCGAUUGAUUGAUUGAUUCAAGAAUCAUAAUCUGAUUCCAUCUUUGGAAGAUUGGAGAGGAAGGAAGGAAGUAAGGAAAGGAAGCUUUUUUAAUAUUGUUUAAAGGAAGGAGAUGGCCAAUUUGUAUGUCAAGGCGAUGCCAUCGGCCGAUAUGAACCGGAAUACGGAAUGGUUCACGUAUCCCGGCGUCUGGACUACUUACAUCUUGAUCCUCUUCUUCUCUUGGCUUCUCGUCCUCUCCAUUUUCGGCUGCACUCCUGGCAUGGCCUGGACCAUCGUCAAUCUCUCCCAUUUUCUUGUAACUUAUCACUUCUUCCAUUGGAAGAAAGGAACACCCUUUGCUGAUGAUCAAGGGAUGUAUAAUGCAUUGACAUGGUGGGAGCAGAUCGACAAUGGGAAGCAGCUCACUCGUAACAGAAAAUUCAUAACUGUCGUCCCUGUUGUUCUGUACUUAAUCGCUUCACACACGACGGACUAUGAACAUCCAAUGCUCUUCUUCAAUACAAUUGCAGUAAUGGUACUGGUUGUGGCUAAGUUUCCCCACAUGCAUAAGGUACGAAUCUUUGGAAUUAAUGGCGAGCAGUAAAUUUCCAGGCAAUGGGUCGCCUUUGAAAAGAAAUUACUGUUAUUAUUAUUAUAGCUCUCCCUGUAUAGAGAAGCCAAGAUCUGGAAAAGGAUGUGUUAAUGAUGAAUGAUGCUAUGUUCUAAUCUCUUUUUUUUUUCUUGAUAAUUUUUUUCUGGUUUCGCCCAAAAUUUAGACGAUGGAGAAUUUGUAACUUUGAGUGUAUUUUCUGUACAGCUGAGAGGUUUUCUUUUUUUUAUAUGUAUCUUGCAAUCGCGAUGUUGUAGCCUUAUUUUCGUGCUCGCCCUCUCGUAAAACAAUAUUUGGAUAAAUGGAACUGCUUCUCCUCUUUAUUGUAAACAUACUUUUUUUUCUCU